CACGAUAUUUGACAGAUAACAAAACGGAAGAAAGGACGGAUACAGACAAUACAAUAGAUCAUAAUGUGACAGUAGGAUCGGAAAUUGAUACAAUUAUUCUAGUUAGAUACUUGUAACAUCAAAUAUUUGGAAGUAUGAUUAUUUAACGUUUAGUUUGUUAACACUUUGUGCUCUGAAGCAAGAUAAAAUAACAUGCUAUAAUUUCGUGGAAAGGAUAUAUUUAAGAGUGAUUUUCUAUGUUUAAAGGAUUUAAAAUAGAUAUUUUUGAAAGAAAAAAAGGAAUCACUUAUACCCAAAACCGCUUGCCUAUUUAUAAAUGUGUUGAAAUAUGCUAAUGUGUUGUUGUUGUUUUAUUUACUUUGACAGUGCACGUAUUUUGGUUAAUACCGCUGAUAUAAAUAUAUAUUUUAAGUUGGAGAAAAGCUACAUGCGAGGACAUAAGCAGGAACUGUUAAAUUUCUAUCCAUAAAUCUUAUUUAUAAUGAUACCUUGUAGCCAUGAGCAAGAUUUAUGCAUUAUGAAUGCAUUAGAUGAAAAGAAGGGUAUAAAAUAACGUAUAUAAAACGCAUAUGGUAUGUCAGAAUGGAAAACGACUCUUUCUUACAUUUUUAUCCACUAGACUUAGGAAAACUCGUUCAUUUUCCAAACUGAAUUUCGAACUUAUCUUUGGAAUCAAAGGAUUACAUAACGCGAGUGUUGCACGUGCAUUCCUUAUCAAAGAUAGUUUUAAAUUCUAAAUAUUUCGAUCGUGUUUAACCACAAAGCUUACAAGUACAUGGGUAACUUUUGUUUUGUUUUUGGCUUUUUAUGCAUUAUGUAAGGCACAAGUACUUUAUUGAAUAAUAAUUAUGUGAACAAAUAUAUUAUGGGAACAAAGUGCAUUAUGACAGCUUAAGGUUAUUUGGGGUAAAAAAAAUAUCCAUUUAUCUGUAAAAACAUUCUUACUUUAAGUGAAGUGGAUGUAUAUAUUGUUGUCACCUGUUGGAUAAUUAAAUAAUCAGACCAAUGUAAUUGAAUUAUGGAUCUCAAGGAUUUUCAUUUAGUGUCCACUUGAAAUGGUUCAAAAUAUACAUACACGGGCACUGAAAGGAAUGUUGAAAUAGUGUGUUAAAUUUUGCAAAAAGCACCUGUUUACAAACUAGUACAUCGUGUUUUCUGAUCUAUCGUAUUUUCACAGAAGCUUUGUCUUGUCACGCGGCACGUGCGGAGCUGAUAUUACCGACAAGAUCUGAUAACUACUGGCAAGGACCACAACGGAAAAUUCGACUAAUUAUGGGGGAUAGUGAUAGAUGCGUCUUUACUUCUUUGUGAAAAGUAAAUCUGACUGAAAUAUUGCCUCUGUGAUAAAGAUAUACAAGGCAUGCCAAACAUCUACCAAAGUGUUAAUAAAUUAUCAGCAGAACAACAGAAACAUUUUUUUGCAAGAAUUCUGGCAGUGUGCAUUAAUGAAUAAUGUCUUCUCCGAUAUUUAGACGACUAUCAAUGCACAAUAAAAACCGUCCAUUCCGAGUAGUAAUUCUUGGCCAGAAUGGAGUAGGAAAGUCAGCUUUGACAGUUCGAUUCUUGACACAGAGGUUCAUAGGAGAUUACGCUCCGGACUUAGAGAAUACUUACACCUACAAUAAAUGUAUUGACGGUGAAACAGUUACUAUGGAGAUCAGAGAUACAGCGGCACAGGCAAGUUAUUGUUUUUGGAUGAAAGAACGCGGACAAAAUCGAAACUCGGCAAAAUCUUUAAUUAAACAAAAUUUAAAGAUAAAGAUAUCCCGAAACAAUAUAAAAACGUUUCUUAUCUAUUUCUGCAGAAUUUUCGACAUGCUAAUACGUCUGCUGCAGGUAGAAAUAGUUAUAUAUAGUGUCGGGUUUUGGUAUUUAUCAAUGUAUAUACAUUUGUUACGUAUAGAGAAUUUUUCAUGCAAAAUAUAUUCCGAACUUUCCAAACUUACAGUUGUUUUUCUUAUAUAUAUACAGGUAGAAAAUAACAGACUAGAAGUUAAUAUCAAAUGGGCAGACGCUUUUGUUUUAGUGUAUUCAAUAACGGACAGAUGUAGUUUCAAUGAAUGCAGCAGACUCAAGGUGUUGAUAAAUUCAUACGCAAGAAGCAAAAAGGCAGGUGGACAAAGUGCGUCUUCAUCUGUACCCAUAGUGUUAGUUGGAAACAAAAGUGAUCGGACACGAGACCGAAUGAUCUCCACAGCAGAAGGUAGGGAGAAAGCGUAUGAAAUGAAAUGUGUUGCUUUUAAUGAAAUAUCUGUCCGCGAAGACCGUGAUAGCGCUGGGGGUAUUUUCUUAAAUCUGUACAAACAUUGUAAGCGACCCGGCAGACGAUCGGCGCUUCAACAAAGACUGAGUUGUCCCCCUUCUUUGCAAUUUACUCCGGCCCUCACGGAGGCAGAAAGUGCUAACGUGUCGUCUCGGCGCAGACGUAGAGCGUUGUAUACAAUCAGCUGCCAUAUGUUUGCAAAUGCCAACUUCCUUGGUAUAACUAUCGUUCAUGACGAUGACGAUUAUGAUGUUAUUGUUCAUGAUGACGAUGCUGAUGAUGAUGAUGAUGAUGAUGAUGCUAAAGUAUGGUUGUUUAGUAAUCUAGAUGAAGAUGACUAUGAUUAUGAUGAUGAUGAUGAUGGUGGUGAUGAUGGUGGUGAUGGUUCCGCUCCUGAUAUAUGCUCGUGUUUUUCUUCAAGCAUUUCCGCUAAAGAACCCUUAAUGUCUCAGAAAUCACAGUUCGUUUUAGAUUCUUCUCAUGAUUAUUUUGAUUCUGAUGACUCUGAAGACGACUCCGAUGAUGAUUACGCCAAUGAUGAUGAUGCCUCUUAUGAUGAUGGUGAUUCUUUAUGA